AUCACCCCUUAAAUUGGGCGUCACACUCUCUCUGCCCCUUCCUUCCUUUCCUUCCUUCCUUCUCUAAUACUAAAUAUUACAGAUUUUGGAACCGUGGAGUCCAUAAGCUCAGAGAAACCAUCAUGGGUUUGGGAGCCCUAAGAUCCAUCAUUCGACCCGUUUCUAGAACCCUAUUAUUAUCAGCCCGCACCCCCUCCCCUUUCUCUCUCACCACCACCACCACUCCGGCCACUUCUCUUCUCCGGCCACUCCACCGGACUAUUCCAUGGAUCCCGGCGUCGAGUUCUUUCCACAGCCUAACAGACACUCGCCUCCCCAAGAGACGCCCCGCUGACAAACCUAAAAGAAAGAGAGCCAGCUUGAAACCCCCUGGACCAUAUGCUUUUGUUAAAUAUGUGCCUGGUGAGCCAAUACUUCCGAACCAACCCAAUGAGGGAAGUGUCAAGCGAAGGAAUGAGAAGAAGCGAAUGAGGCAGCGGAGGGCAUUUAUAUUGUCUGAGGCAAAGAAACGGAAAGCACAGUUGCAGGAGGCAAAAAGAAAGAAAAAUAUUAAAAGAAUUAGAGCGGGAAAAAUGCAUGCUAGUGGCCAAGGAAGUAGCAUGGUUCUGAAAGGACUUGGGCAGCAGCUGCAGCGGCUCGAGGAAGAGAAGAAAAAGGCCAUGGCUUGACUUAUUUGUCAUAAACCUCUCAGGCAGAUGGUAAUGCUGCUUAUAAACUUUUCCCCCAUAUAAGGUGAACACUGAACCUUGAUUCUUGUUUUUCACAGAUGAUGUUCCUCUUGAUGUUUUAAGUUGUGUAAAAUUCAAGCUACCUUCUAGGGAAUAUAUCCUCGUUUUCUUCUUGAAGAAUAUAUCUAGGUGCUUCUUCCUCUCUUAGUACUUGCCUUUGCUUAUGAAUUUAAUUAUCCAAGUUAAAAGCUUCGAACUGGCAUAAUAUAGCCCUCACUUGGAAUGCUUUUUCUUUUUUCCUAAUCCACAAGGCUGCCCCGUUUGGUGUAACUAUUAAAACAUAUUAUAGAUUAUAACUUAACAGAUUAUACA